AUGAAAAUCUUGGGAAACAUUAUUUCACCUGCCUCCGACUCUCACAUGAAGCGAUUUCUUGCCCACAAAAUCCAAAGACCUGUGACAAGACACUUCUCCCCCUCCCCCAAGAUGUGGGUAUCAAUCAGGAACUUACGCUACAACGUAUUGAGGAACAAAAGAGAAGGGCCUGGGAUCGCAGAGAAUGCUCGCGGGAGUACAAGCCACCCAGAGAUACUAGAAGGGACCGACACGAACACGCUGGCUAUCGGAUCUCCCAGCCCACUGCAGACAGUGGAAGUCCACUAUGAAGAUAAUUUUAACCCAGCCCUAUUUGAACAAGACAGAGAAGAUGACUUGCCGCCUAGACAUAAACCAGGCUCAAACAGAGUACAAAUCUCCCCCAACCCGGUAGGAGUACUAGUUCAGAGCUCACCGCAUUCCCAGUCUCACCUGCCAUUAGCGCUUUGA